CUUAACACAACGAACAUUCUGAACAAUGGCGAGCAACAUACCAGCUGGACUCCGAUCGGCAGAUAUCGGGCGAUUCGCAAUCAGAGCAGCUCAGAUCGAGAAGGCUAAACCUGUGGUUGCCUAUUGGUGCAACUUCCAUAUUGUAAACCAGAUUAUUGAGAGAGGUCUUCACAAUGCUGAUGACGAGAUCAAAAUCUACACGACAAACCUCGUGGACAAGCUGGAGCAGUUUAAAGUAGAAAACCCAGAAAAUGAUACAGUGACAGACACUGUUGCGGCGAGCGCCUAUGUCGAGCAAUUCGGAUUGGAGGUCUUUAGCCGCGCCGAGGCCGCUAUGAACGCCAACAAAGUCACAAAGCAAACGGCAGAUACUUUCCAGGCAGCGGCCACGUUCCUCGAACUUUGUUCGAUCUGGGGGCCCCUGGACCCAGAACUUGCUGGGCGGAUCAAAUUCGCCAAAUUCCACGCAGUCCGGAUUGGUAAGGCUUUCAAAGCCGGCGAAGAUCCCAACGCGACAAAUCCCGCCCCAAAGCAGGAAGAAGAACUCGUCGACGACCCCGACGUUCAGGCAUUUGAUGAGUCGGUAGCGGAGCAGGCCUCCAAGCCAAGACAAGCCUCCAUCGAAGAGAUCCCAGACGAGUCAGACCGUCUUGGACGAGAGCUGGCUCGGAAAUCGACUCUCGAUGAAUCGCUUCAUCCAUCACGCACAUCGUCAACACCUCGUCCCCCGCCCGAGAUCCCUUCUGUCCCUCGCAACGCACCUGGUUUUCCUCCGCAAUCAAUGGAUCUUGAUGAUUCCAACACAGGCGGCUUAGAGCUCCCAUCAACUCCAGCGACCAUUGGUGGUUCGUCCUCAGUACCUAGGCUUCCAGAUACCCCGACUGCAUUCCAGUCCUUCCCUCCGCCAUCCGAGGGUCCAUCUGUAUCCGCGCCGGACCCGGCUUCUUUCUACGAUACCCCAGGUGCUAGUGCUCAUAUCCAGCCUCCGGCUGCUCCGUCGUUUGUUCCAUCCCCAGUUGCCAAAGUUCCGGUUGCACCGGCUCCGGCUCCCUAUGUCCCGUCCCAACCAUCACACGGUCUAGACGAUAACACUGUGCAGUUGGCGCAGAAGCAUGCUCGUUGGGCCGUCUCUGCUUUGACUUUCGACGAUGUUGAUACUGCUAUUAAGGAGCUCAGAAACUCGCUGAAGUGUCUAGGCGCAUCAUGAUUUUAUGGGCUUGUAUGAUCUCGCAUCUCACCUUUGCUUACUCCUCCCGUUGCUAGAGCACUAUGAAUAUACCUUGCUUUGGCUAUUGUGAAAUGUAUUGAAUUUGACCAGUGUAACUCUUUCGUGUUCAAUGAAUCUGUCUCAUAUUUAUUUAUCUCGAGUUUUCCUCCAAGGUUCCGCUAGGGAAUUUCUUCGCACUGCAUAGUCUUAC